AUGUCCUCUUCGAUGGCCUGUGACUCCAAGAAAAAGCCCGGGAGACCAGCCGCGCGCUCGGUCGUUCCUCAGGCACCAGCCGCGUCCAUGCUCCCUCCGUCGAAUGCUCCCCCGGCCCCGGCCAACAAGCCACCGCCUCGUCGUGAAGUCGCUACGUGGACGUUCCAACAAGGCACUGAAGCCCCAGUCGCCUUCGUGUCGACUCGUCGCUGGUCCAAGCAAUGCAAAGUCUGUGUGGGGGUAGACCCCGAGUCCGUCCCGCGUCCUUUUCGCGGACGCACUCUUUCGGACCUGCUCGACGCUUCCGGAGGUGCCUCGAUGCCACCUGUUCCUGAGGCCUCCUACUGCGACGCUUGCGGUGUCCUGCUGGUGCACGAGGCUACCCACCUCCAUUCGCGGGUUUACCGAGCGAAGUCCGGCAGUGCCCCUGCGGUCCUGUCCACUCCGGCGGUGCCGCCUGGCCCGGGCCUUCAACCUGCCCCGUCGACCAACUCCAUUCAUGUGGUCGUGGAGGCGCUCGUCACGGACUCUUCAUUCAAGUCGGCCAUCACUGCUGUGGUGUCCGCCGCCCUCCCGCGGCCCCAUGUUCCUGCUGAGACGCCACCGAACGAAGACACCGGGGCCCCCGCCGAUCUCGUGGAUGGCACUGAGCUGGACCUCAGUUUUUUUCGGUGUCGGUGGAUGCUUUUAUUGCGGAGUCUUUAG